UGGUCCUGCUAUGAGCAGGGUCUCCAGAGAGGGAGGAGGACAAAGCAGCUUCACUUAGCCAGUUUCCCUGUCACCCCACAGCCUUCCUCUAUGCUGUUGAAUCUGCAGGGAGACGACAGCUCCUUAGAGGUGGAGAUUUCUGAUGCAGUGAGGGACAAGGUGAAGUUCACUGUUCAAACCAAGAGUGGCCGCCCUCCCUCAGUGGUUCGGCAGCACGAAGGAGUCUUAUGGCUGCAUGACACCUAUGUGGAAAAUGAGGAGUACGCCAGCUUCAUCAUUCCCCCAGCCCUUCCCAGGCCAGACUUUGAGGCUCCACGGGAAAACCGCAGAAGUUGGGUGAGGACGACAGCUCCACCACCCAGGAAGUUUGCCAAGAUGAAGCAGGAGCUAGAAGUGGAGUACUUGGCCAUCUUUAAGAAGACUGUUGCGGCUGGACUGUUGUAAUGCAUGAAGUCUUCUUUCUUGCAGUACCUGGCAGGCCAUCCCACCCUGUGUCAGGAUCACAACUUCUCUGUCUUAGAAUACAGCCAGGAUGUGAGCUCUGAGUGUUGAGAGAACAGAAAGGUCAUCUUGGGAGGUUUCCUGAGAAGCAUGGUCAGAUAAGAUGAAGUCUUCAUCACUGGCAUAUCAGGGCUCAAGGAGGUAGUUGACUUCUUUGACCACGAGGGGACCUUCCUAAUAGAAUACCACACCCGAAUUCGAGGCACCUGCCAGAGGGCCAGCCAUGUUAUGCACUCCCACAAGUGCAUGGCAGACAACUAUAUACCUCUAUCCGCUGCUCUGAGUAGUCUUGGAACCCAGGAAGUCAGUCAGCUGAAGAGGAGCUUUCUGAACCCGGCAGAGCUCUUUGAAAGAUUGAGGCUGGAAGGCAGGGUAGCCUCUGAUGAGGACCUGAAGCUAUCUGACAUUCUGAGAUACUACAUGCAAGACUCAUGGGCAGCCAAGGACCCGCUGUACUGGUGGCUUCGGGCACUGGCUGAGAAUGCUAACAAGGCAUUGGACAGAGCUCAGACAAGGAACCAGAAGUCAACCAGAAGACAGCUGUGCUGCCAGCGCUUUGAAAGCCUGACUCUGCCAAGCAGGGUAAGCCCUGAAGCCAGGCAUGGUUUCACAGACAGCAUCCACCCUGACUGUCCAUAUUCCUUUUAACCAUUCUCCC